ACAGAUUUUGACAGCAAAAGAUAAACUUCUUCCAACACGUAUUGAGAAUUUCCGACAUUUAUAAAGUUUUUCUCGUUAUUUAAACACUAAAUUCGUGUUAAAUUAUUAAUAAGUGGUUAAAAAUGCGUUCAGCUGUAGCUUUCUUUGCGUUCACAAUUUUAUUAGUCGCGGUGUCAGCGCGGAUAGACCCUAAAAACUUGAAGUGCUUAGUAUGCCGGACGACCUUCGAGGAGCUUAACGAUGUGAUAAAAAAAGUAGAUAAAUGGAAAAAAGUCGAUGUGGGCAACUUCAGGAUGGAUGCCAGUGGCAACACGAUGCAGGAGAAGGUGCCAGCUCACCGCUCAGCUGUGUACAUCUCCGAACUGAUUGAUGAAAUCUUCCAGAUCUGUUUCAACCACGCUCAGUACUGCGAGGAGUGGAUGUUGCCCACCGAGGAGGAUACCACGUGGACACACGAGAUGGAGGCCGAAUAUGUCAAGGUUCAUGGACCAGAUCCCUAUGGUUUUGGAGGUCUGCCACCCCAGUCGCAGAUGCCAGAUGUCAGCGCGGACUAUGAUGACGAGGACGCACAGGGCGAUGACUUCGACAUCCCAGCAGAAAAGGAUGAGCUAUAAAAUUAAAUUUGUAUUAUAAAAACACCAAUCCUGCCUUUAAUGUAUAUAUAAUAUGUUUUAAAAUAUCAUGUCCGAUUUGUAAAAUGUAGAAUAUACAAUCGCCCCUUAAAGUGCAGAUAUCUUUAUAUAUAUAAUAAUUCUUCUGUGAGUGUGUAUGUCACUGAACUUCUCUCAAACGACUGGACCGAUUUUG